AUUUCAUCAACUACUUCUCUUCUAUAUUUAUUGCUUUGGUGCAGUGACUAAAAUUUGCAGACAACAAUGGAUUCAGAGUGGUUUUUUGAGUUUCUGAGAGGGAUGAUUAAGCCUGUAGCUGCCCUAACAGUUGUUCUCAUGGCUGUUCUUCUUUGCUUCAUGCAGAAGUUAGGUCUCGAGGCUGAGAUUCUUUACUCCAUUUUCAGAGCUUUUCUUCAGCUUUCUGUAAUUGGAUUUGUUCUGCAAUUCAUUUUCAGUCAAGACCGUGUAAUUUGGAUCCUUCUGGCUUACCUUUUCAUGGUGUCUGUUGCGGGUUAUACAGCCGGUGAAAGAGCAAAGCAUGUUCCUCGAGGAAAGUACGUGGCCGGCGCUUCCAUUCUCGCCGGAACAUCAGUGACCAUGUUCCUGCUCGUCUUGCUGAAUGUUUUUCCUUUCACCCCACGGUACAUUAUCCCCGUUGCAGGAAUGAUGGUCGGCAAUGCGAUGACUGUCACCGGAGUCACCAUGAAACGCCUCCGUGACGAUAUCAAACUCCAGACUAGCCUGGUGGAGACAGCAUUGGCUCUCGGGGCGAGUCCAAGGCAAGCGACGGCGGAGCAAGUGAAGAGAGCUCUGGUAAUAGCUCUAUCCCCUGUUCUUGACAAUGCGAAAACAGUAGGUCUGAUAUCGCUCCCCGGAGCAAUGACCGGACUUAUAAUGGGAGGAGCGUCGCCAUUGGAGGCGGUUCAGCUGCAAAUAGUGGUGAUGAACAUGCUUAUUGGUGCAUCCACCGUUAGCAGCAUUAUGUCCACUUACCUUUCUUGGCCUUCAUUCUUCACCCCUGCUUUUCAGUUACAAACUAACGUCUUCGCUCACUGAAAUUAAAUAUAUAGUUUCUGUGAUUUUGUAAUUGUAUAGAUAUAUAUGUAUACUAAUUCACCAACUAUGUUUUUGCACAAUGAAUGAGUCAUUUUGGCACUA